CUUAAAUUGUCACCCACCAAAAGUGCAUUUAUGCUGAACUGUCCUCUCAACGAGAAUAGUUUCAGGCUCCUCUAAUGAAAGGGGGAGCUUCUACUUUCAAAAACUCCUGUAAAAUAAAUGUCUUGUAUUUGAUCCUAUAUUUUCAUGCAACAAAAGUGUUUUGUUCAAGGAAAAAGCCAAAAAUAAUAUGGACAUGAAUUGGUGUGAAGUGGCCAAAUAACACCAAAAAUUGUGUUUUUGUAAGUCUUGCAUUACUAGUACUAAAAUGCCUAGAGUAAAAAAUAAUAUUGAGGAUGGAAAUAUUUUUACAUCAUGGAUUUUUCUAAUUGUGUUAUCUGUGGUUCUCAAUUUUUAAAACCACUGGUUAUAAGUGUUUGUUGCAUGUUGCUAUGUGAAGCUGUGAUCUCUUCCGAGAACCAUGAAUCAGGAACAUCUGAAUUUUUACCGAUGUGUCACAAGCUUGAAAACUGGAUUCUUAAAGUGGAAACCAGACUAUGAUAGUGCAGCUACUGAAUAUGGGAAGGCAGCUGUUGCUUUUAAAAAUGCCAAGCAGUAUGACCAGGCAAAGGAAGCCUGUUUGAGAGAAGCUGAAGCACAUGAAAAUAAUAAAGCUCUCUUCCAUGCAGCCAAAGCUUAUGAACAAGCUGGCAUGAUGUUAAAGGAGAUGCAGAAACUUCCUGAAGCAGUUCAGCUGAUUGAGAAAGCCAGUAUGAUGUACCUGGAGAAUGGAACUCCUGACACAGCAGCCAUUGCACUGGAACGGGGUGGAAAGCUGGUAGAAAAUGUGAACCCAGAAAAGGCUGUACAGCUCUAUCAACAUGCAGCAUCAGUUUUUGAAAAUGAAGAACGUUUACGGCAGGCUGUAGAAUUAUUAGGAAAGGCCUCAAGAGUCUUAGUUAGAGGACGCAGAUUAGAUGAAGCUGCAUUGUCACUUCAGAAGGAAAAAAGUAUUUAUAAAGAAAUUGAAAAUUAUCCAACGUGUUACAAGAAAACUAUUGCUCAAGUUUUAGUUCAUCUUCACAGAAAUGACUUCGUUGCCGCUGAAAGAUGCGUCAGAGAAAGCUAUAGCAUACCAGGAUUCAAUGGAAGUGAAGACUGUGCAGCACUAGAACAACUUCUAGAAGGAUAUGACCAACAAGACCAGGAUCAAGUUACUGAUGUCUGUAAUUCACCACUCUUCAAAUACAUGGACAAUGAUUAUGCCAAGCUUGGCCUGACUUUGGCAGUCCCAGGAGGGGGAACAAAGAAGAAAUCCCCAAAUGCUCCACAGGACAAAGGAAAAGGAACACCCACAGUUGGCACUCAUGCUGAUGAAGAUGAUGAUGAAUAUUCUGGUGGAUUGUGCUAGUUGCAAAUAUGUUUAUUCCUGUAUAUCCAACUUGCUAUUUGUGGAUGUUGAACAUAUCAAAAGGUACCAGAAUUACAGCGCUUCAUUGCAGUCAUGAUAUUGGAAUGCUAAUAAUGAUGACAAUAGCUUUCAGGUACUGUGACAAGCAUGAUUGUACCUACCAUCCUUGGAGAAUUGUUGGAUUCCAUUCCUUACAGAUUAAAAGUUUCCUUAGGGUUCUGCCUUCUGUUGAUUGAAAAAAUUGAAUAAUAUGUUCUUCUUAAAGGCCAUGGCUUAAAAAAACUUAACCCCAUUUGGAGAAAAGCACUGUAACAAUCAGAAUUUCAAAUUAAGGAUUUCUAAAGUAAAAAAGAACAAUAAACUUCUUUAGGUUCAUUUAAUCUAUUAGUGAUUCUUUCUUCCCACUGAAUACUGUUUAAAUGACCAUUAAUUUUGGUGUAAUUUUAGUGCACACAGUAUCUUUUUAAAAGACUCUAAUUCUAUGCCACAUAAGAUAGUGAUACAGGGUGAAGUCUUGGGAAUGAGAGGGGCAUGAUUCUGUUUGUUUAUUUGUGCACCAAACUGGGGUUAUAUUUUUUAAGUCUUAUUUUUAUUAAUAUUAUUCACAGUGUAUAAAUGGUUCUGGAAAAUACAGAGUCACUCAGCAGUAAGACAUCAUUGAAGAUCCUUUAAGAUAGCCCUAUUAUUUGAUACCUGUGCUGCUUUGACUGAAAGAUACCAUCUUUGUUAUGUAUGUGUGUUCAGUUUGUAAGGUUCUGUUUGUAAUGUACAUCUUGGGAAGGAGUAAGGACACAGCAAUUAAUUUCAUAUGAGUAACGUCUCCCAAAAAAGCAUGAUGUAAUCAAAAACGAAACAAAGUAGCAGAGGGUAUGUGCUGAAUAUAAAAUCUUUGCAGAAAAAUAUUAACAAAAAUCUGGGAAAGGGUUUUAUUUUUGAAAAUAAAUAUUUUUAAAAUGGUGUUUUCAGCUUUUGUGUUUUUUCCUCUGAAUUUGAAUAUAUUUCCUCUAAUGUUCAUUUAAGUCAAGGCAUAAAGCAGCCAGUAGGUAGAUGGUGUUGAAUUUUGUAUCACUGGUGAAAUUCUCAUUAGUAAUUCAGCAGUUUGUGAAGACUAUAAAGGUAGCUUACAAAUACGAUGCAUAUUCUUUGGGCCCAAAACAGCUAUGUUCUCCACUCUAUGUGAUUCCUAAAUAUUGUCAAGCCCUAUGCAUGGUUUUUGCAAUGCCUUUACCCAUAUGACCAUUUUGUGCCCACAGAAGUAGUUUAUACUACAGAAGAACACAAGAUCCAUUAUGAGCAGAGGUCACAGAGAAUCCACCUGGAAUUCAUAUGCAUUGGAAGCUGGCACAAUUCAGGAUAGCCAAAAUGAAAAUAUGCUAAGUGAGAUGAUGUUGCUCUUCUGUUAUGCAUAUGUUCAUAGACCCUUUUAAAAGGACUUCAAAGAUUCUCUGAUUUGCUGUUUGAAAAGUAUGAAUUCAAAUUUUGGAGGAAUUAGCCUCAAUAAAUUGAACUUUAUUUUCCAUAUGUUCAUGGAAAUACAGCAUAUUCUAAAUGGUGAGUGCUUUUAAAACUUUAUAGACAUCCCCAGUACUUUUUAUACUUUGAACUUUGACUAGACUGGGAGUGUGAGGCAGUCUGACAGAUGCAUAAUCUGGAAUAUUUGAAAGGGGGGAAACGUGACCUACAAUGAGUGAAGGCAGCUAAGGGCUUGUGUGCUUCUGGUGAAAAGUCCUGCAGAUUUUUUAAAAAUUGCACAGGGGCUAAAACGCAUGUAAAGAUACAAGCCUAUCUGUUCAUUUUGUAAACAAGCACUUCUUGUAGUGUCUGUUUUAGGUUGUCCAAAACCAAGUUAAACACUAAAACCUAGAUUUUUAAAGCUUUACAGUGAGGUUUAUUCCUAGACAACUCCUAUCUAUAUUGAUAGAGGAUUUCCAGUUAACAUCUGUUUACCAGUUCUGGAAAGUAGGAACAAAAAAUCUUUGUACUAAACAUGCAAAUCUGCCAUUAGAAUGAAAGAUAAUAUUAAUCAAAGAGAUUAAAACCUUAAUAUUUGAUUGCAGUGUUGCUCUAAAGAAUGAAAUCUGGAGACAUGGUUAUUGCUGAAAACUAGAUAAAGUCUAUUUUAUAUAACUUACUCUUUCUUAUUUUAGUUAAUGGAAGUGUAAUAUGACUGUUAUUGCCUCUACUAAAUGUUUAACUAGAAACAAAGCUUUCUGCAUAUUACAUGUUGCUGUAUGUUUCUACUUUCUAAAGCAAUUUGCACAUGUUUUGUAAUUUAUCAGUGAAAUGAUGAUUUAAAGUGAAAUGUGUUUUGCAGCAAGAAAUUUCUUCUCCAAAAUUAUGCCAACUCUAAAAAAGGAAAAGAGAGUUUGCAUAAAAACUCUGAAACAUGAUUAUGAAGUUUACUGUACAUGAAGUCAAAGAUAUAUAAUUUUUAUCUUGUGUUUACUAUGACUGAAUUGGUAUGCACAUAUGUGUUCAUGCAGUGUGAAAUUUGUGCUUUAUCUGUACCUUUUCCAAAUCUGUGCAGCAUAAUAGCAUAUGAAAUGUGUUUGUAAUGGCUUUAUAGAUUCCUCCUCUUUGAGAAAAGGUCUGUUUCACUAACAUAAAAAUAAAACCUGAAAUUAUAAACAAGUUCUUCCUGUCAACAAUCAACUUGCAUCGUAUCCUUCAGGAGUUCAGAAUGGGUAGAUCAUAUUCAUUUCCAAAUGUCUCUUGGAGAUGUAAAAUCAGACAAAAGAUGAUCUCCCAGUCCAGGUUCUUAAGUUUGAGCUUGCUGCCUGUCAGCUAAACUGAAACCAAAAGUAGAGAUGAAAGCUGUUCUGUGAAACAAACUGCAAGUUCUUACAAGUGUAAGUACCACUAUUUAUUACUAUGUAAAGAGUGAAAUGAAGUAGUACAUGACUCUGUGAUCAGUUGAGUUAGUGAUAAGGAUGUUUUCUGAUGAUGCAAGUAAAGAAGCAGCAUUAUUCUAGGGCUCAGAUAAAGUAUAUUUAUUUCCUCAAACAGACAAAUCUGAGGCCUUUGCAUAUGUUGUUAUGACUUCAAAUUUAUUUCAAACAGGUUUAUUUUUAAAAAUAUUGUAUAUUUAGCAUGACUUCCUUUUAGAUUUCUAAGUAUGUAUUCCCGUCUACAGAUACCUGACAGAUUAGACCUAUUAUUUAUUUUUCUAUGUAAAGUAAAAAAAAAAUCCAAUACUGCUUUUAGCAUUUGAAAGACUGUUCAAAUCUGUUAGUAAGCCGUCUGUCCUGGACUUAUUCCUUUGUUGGUUUAUUGUAGGAAUCUCCAAAUCUAGACAUGGUUUAAAAGAAAUGUAUGUGCAGCUACUAACUGGAAUAAAAUUGUCAAGUGUCAACAUUAA